UUUCAACCCCAGUAACCAAGAGGGAGAGAGAGAGAGAGAGAGAGAGUUGGAAGGUGAAUGGAGAGGGCAGGCUCACAUCUGCAACUCUGCAGCCUCCUCAAACCCACCUCCUCCAACUCUGCGCUUUGCACAACCCUGACCAUGGGACACCAGACAGAGUGAGUAAGGGGGAUUUUAUUCAAUAAGACUCCAGCUCCGUGCACAUCAAACUCUGGUGCUAAACUGGAGCUUGGUACUUCAGGAACAUGGGUUGCAAAAUGAGAUCCAUGCAUUUUGUGUUUUGGUGUCUUUACUUCAUGCUCCUUCACUUGUUUUGCACAGCACAAGAUGAGGACAUGAGAUUAAGUUGUAGGACAGCGCCAAGUGAUUUAGUAUUCAUACUCGAUGGAUCAUGGAGUGUGGAUGACAUUAACUUUGAGAUUGUCAAACGGUGGCUGGUGAAUAUCACCAUGAGCUUCAACAUCGGUCAGAAAUUCACCCAAGUUGGGGUGGUGCAAUAUAGUGACGACCCCUUCUUACAUAUACCCCUGGGAAAACAUUUCUCAAGCAAUGACCUCAUCAAGGCCAUGGAGUCCAUAGAGUACAUGGGUGGGAACACAAAUACAGGGAAGGCUAUCAAGUUUGCCAACGACAAACUCUUUGCCCUGUCUGAGCGAGGUCCGAACGGCAUUGCAAAAAUUGCUGUGGUUCUGACGGACGGGAAGUCACAAGAUGAAGUGCUGGCAGCUGCAGAAGCAUCGAGGAAAAAGGGAAUAAUUCUCUUCGCAAUUGGCGUCGGGUCUGAGACAGAGGAGGCACAGCUCAGGGCCAUUGCCAACAAACCAUCCUCAACCUAUGUUUUUUCUGUGGAAGACUAUAAAGCUAUCGCAAAGAUCCGUGAAGUUAUUAGGCAGAAGCUGUGCGAAGAGACUGUAUGUCCAGCAAAGAUUCCAAUCAAUUCUCGGGAUGAGAAAGGAUUUGACAUUCUCCUCUAUCUCAACUUGGCUAAAAAAGCCAAAAAGACACAAGGAUCGUUUUAUGGCAGCAAAGCCUACCAGGUGACGUCCCGAGUUGACCUGAGUGAGAGCACUAGGAUGUUAUUUCCAGGCGGACUUCCACCGUCCUAUGUUUUUGUGGCCACGCUGAAGUACAAAGGCUCUGUGGUUAUGGAGGAGUGGGAUCUAUGGCGGAUCCAGACUAAGGAUGAAAAGCCUCAAAUGGCAGUUACUCUAAAUGGUCUGGACAGAACAGUGAUGUUCACCACCACCACCAGCAGUACAUCAAGUGGAAUUCAAACUGUGGUUUUCACAAAACCACCAGCUAAGAAACUAUUUGAUGAAAAAUGGCAUCAGCUUCGUCUUUUAGUAACAGAGGAAGAUGUCACUCUGUAUGUUGAUGAUCUGGAAAUUGAAACAUUGGCACUGGAGCCUCCUGAUGGUAUUUUUAUUAACGGAAAAACACAGGUUGGGAAGUACGUCACCAAAGAAACAACUGUACCGUUUGAAAUUCAAAAACUCAGAAUCUACUGCGACCCUGAGCAGAAUAACAGGGAAACAGCCUGUGAAAUACCUGGAGUUGAUGGAGAGUGUGCUAAUGGACCAGGAGACAUUGAUCCAACCCCAGAGCCCUGCGUCUGUCCCCCUGGGCCACCUGGUACCCCAGGAAUGAAGGGAGACCAGGGCAGAACAGGAAAUCCGGGUCAACCUGGUCCAGCUGGUGCUGAUGGUAAGCCUGGUGUCCCAGGUUCUAGAGGAAGUCCUGGCAUUCAAGGCUCUCCUGGCAUGGAGGGCCCACAUGGAGCUGAUGGACAUAAGGGGGAAAAGGGAAGUCGUGGGGAAGCAGGUGACAGCGGCAUCCCAGGUUUACCCGGGCCACCUGGCAAACCAGGUGAAAAGGGAUCAGCUGGUCAUCAAGGCAUGCAAGGACCACCAGGCAAAGAUGGGCAAGUGGGAGAAAAAGGGAGUAGAGGCCUUGCUGGUCCACCUGGAUAUCCAGGAGAGCCUGGAGCACCUGGCAGGGAUGGAAAAGACGGAAUUCCAGGAGGAAUUGGUCUAAAGGGAGAUCCAGGACCUCCUGGAAUUCCUGGCGUGGAUGGAAGAGAGGGACAUCCUGGCAUGCCUGGUAUACCUGGAAAUGAUGGUCAGAGGGGAAUUAAGGGCGAAGAUGGCCUUCCAGGACCAAAAGGAGCCAAAGGUAUACCUGGAGACCCUGGCGAGAUGGGAUUGCCUGGAAUGCCUGGUUCAAGUGGACAACCUGGUCCUAAGGGCACUAAAGGGGAAAGUGGAGUGGCCGGUCAACCAGGACUUCCAGGGCACGAGGGUAAGCCUGGAGAACCUGGGAUUGCUGGCCAGCCAGGACAUCCAGGAAUGCCAGGAUCACAGGGACAGAAGGGUCAAAGAGGAGAUGCUGGUGAAAGAGGAGCAGAUGGGAUGAAAGGUGAAAGAGGAGACUCUGGGAGACCCGGUGUUCAUGGUUUACCUGGGCCAGCUGGACAGAAAGGAGAGAAAGGGACAGCAGGAGAGCCGGGGCAGAUGGGUCUGAACGGCCACCAGGGGCCUCCUGGACAGCGAGGACAGACGGGACCCUCAGGGCCCAGAGGAGAAAUAGGAGAAAUAGGCCCCCCGGGACCACCUGGACCCGAGGGACGACCUGGCAGAGAGUUUUCCGAGCAACACAUUCAACAGAUUUGCAGAGACAUUCUUCGAUCUGAGAUACCUGCUCUUCUAUUGAGUAGCCAGCACAAUCAUCACAGAAGCUGUGAGCACUGCUACACACGCAUGGGACCCCCAGGGCCUCCAGGGCCACCAGGCCCUCAUGGCUCUCGAGGAUUCCCAGGUUUGUCUGGUUCUAACGGACUGCAAGGGCAGCGGGGUUUACCUGGGCGGCCUGGUAUUGCUGGCAUGAAAGGUGAUCCAGGAGAAAAAGGUGAUAAAGGAAAUCAAGGACGGUCAGGAAUCGGAGACCCGGGUCUCCCAGGAACACCAGGUCCAAUGGGUCCGGCAGGGGUGGGAAAACCAGGUCAGCCAGGAAAGCCGGGCCCGCCUGGUCACAGAGGCGAGGAGGGGAAGAGAGGGCACCCCGGUGAGCCCGGCCAGCCAGGUGUGUGCCAUCCGUCCAUGUGCUACAGCGCGAUGUUGCGAAGAGAUCCUUUCAGUAAAGGGCCAAACUAUUGAAAGAGCUUUGGCUGGAAUGCAGACAGUCUGGAUGCGGUGCUGCUCGGUGAAUGAAAGAAAACAGUAACAGCGAAUCUUUCCAAUCUCAGGAUGAUCAAGAGUGUCUCACACUCAUGGACACAUGAAGUACCUCUUAAAGUGUAAAUAAUAAGAUGACGCUGCCUACAUUAACACCAGCGAUUGUCCACGACUCGAUUCAACACUUGUCUUACUGUGUCAUAAGCUGAGAUGUGCCAUGAUUUAUUCACGAGGAAUAAAAAGCAUCAGCCGAACACUUGUGAAAAGCAUCCAGUGUGAGGAGCUCUGCAACUCUCGCAGUGGAAAUUCUACCUAGACGUCGACUCGUUUUCCUCACUCUCUUGCUCCCCCAAGUGGCGUUCAACCAUCAGCAGCCGAUCAUCUCGAUGUAUUUAUGAUGCCAGAUUUACUGUCCAUUUCGCGUUUGUGUUUCUUUGUGGUCGGAUGUUUCUUUUGCAGCUUGCAAGUUAUGGGAGUUCUUCUGCAGCGCUUCAUGCCUUCUUCGCAAUAUCUCUCAGACAUCCAUGAUCGUUCUCGUCCCUUUAGAUAUAUUCCUACUAGGGUUCCCACAUGUAGCGACCAACGAAUUUCCAUGACUUUUCCAGGCAUUUGUGAUUACACAAAUCUAUUUUAAAAAAUUGUAAUAUUUUAGAGCAGAAAAAGUAUAUAUUCACUAUAGAAAUGUCCAGGACUUUUUCAUUAAUGUUUAAGAUUUUAUUCAUUUCCACACCUGGGAUCACCAUUUUAUAAUUCUCCGAUAUUUUCCAGGCUUUCCAUAGUCUUCAGAUUACAAUGAGUGUGGUUAGAUCAUAUCUGUAUUAAAUGUUAAAAUGGUAAAUUGAACAAAUUUAUCAUGUGCAUUUUAAGCCACCUUCCUCUACAUCAAAUUGUCUUUUUUUCCCUUGGUUGAUAAAGGGUGUGUAAUAAAGCACACCUUCACAUAAAUGUAUAAUUUUUUGUUAUUUAUAAGAACUGAUAUCAGUUACAGCUUCUCCUGUGAGAGCGCUUUCUUAUUUUUGCAGUGAUUAUUUUUUUAUAACAGUCAUGUGUUUGACUUUUAAUAAUAAUAUUAAUUAAAACUUUUUUAUUAUU